AUGCUGGUUUUAUCGGCCUAUUUUGAAGAAUUUACGAGGCGUGAAGCUGCAUGGAAGAUACAAGAACAGAACCUGGCCGUUGAUAGGGAGAAGGAGCUGAUAGGAGAGAUGGAAAUAAAUGAAGAAGACAAAAGGAGGUUAAUUGAGUGUGACCUGAGGGGGGAGUGGUGGGAGGAGUGGUGGGAGGGUUUAGAAGACCCAGCAGUAAGAGCAGAAAGAAAAACAAGAAGAAAAUUAGAGGUUGAGGAUGAUGCUGCUGAUGCUGCAGCAGAGCAGCAGGAGCUGCUAGCACAGCAGCAGCAGCAGCAGCAGCAGCAGCAGCAGCAGCAGCAGCAGCAGCACAGUGGUGAUGAACGGCAGCAGCAGCAGCAAUCUUAUAAAAAAGACAGCAGCAAAGACAAACAUAAAUACAGCAGCAGCAGCAGCAGCAGCAGCAACAGCAGCAGCAGCAGCAGCAGCAGCGGAGACAAAGACAAAGCCAGAAGCACAGACAAAACCAAAUCGCACGACGGCUCUAAGACCAGCACCAGCAGCAGCAGCAGCAGCAGCAGCAGCAGCAGCAGCAGCAGCAGCAGCAGGAAGUCUACAAAAGAACUACGUAAAUAUUUUAAUGAUGAAGAUGAAUUAGAGGAAGGAAUAAAACAUAAACCACUAACAAAGCUUGAGGACCACAGAGAUGUUAUAAAUAAAGGUACCUACGGAGAAGGCUGA